UUCACUUCACCUACCGCGGACCGAACUGCCGGUCCAAUUCCGUCAAGAGCUGAUUAUUCCGACUGUCAGAAGGACACCUCAAAAUCACAGGAAGUGCUUGACUAAACAAGAAAUGGCCGCACAUCACUUCCAACAUCUUCUCUGCCUUUGUGCUCUACUUCUCGUUCCUCCAGGACACAGUUACUUCAUGAUUGAUUCCAAGGCCGUACUGCAAGGAUUCAUGGACCGGUGGACCCUGAAGGAAAACCAGCAAGUGCCAAAGCUCUACCAGAUGACCGUGUGCUUGGAUGUGCGCUUGUUGACUGCGGGAAGGUGGAUGGCCUUUAGCUACACAGCGCCUCGCUCACCGUACUAUGACCUGGCACUGCAGGGUGACAGCUAUGCUGUGUACAUCUGGCUCUUGGGUGUGCAACACCGCUUCCGUGUUCCGAUGUCACUGGAACGUUGGCACCGGCUGUGUCUGCGCAUUGACUCAUUACAAAACAGCUUCAGCCUCACCGUCAGCAGCAGUCAGGAUGUGCACCAGCGUACAGUGAGUAUUAACGCCGUGCGACCCAAUGGCAAGCUACAGCUGGGAUUUCAUCCUUGGGAAGUCUCUCCAGGAAGCAGUAUGGCCACCAUAGAGCUCUACCUGUUCAGAGUGUGGGGGGAUGUGAGAGAACAUUCAGCAUGUGAGGAUGGCACAAUUGUGGGCUGGGACUCAAGUAUAUGGAGAAUCAGUCAAGCCCAGACCUGGGUCCAGGAUAACACACUUUCCUGCAGCAUGGUCUUGGGAACUGUACGUGUCAAACAUAGCCAGGAACAGACUACAAAUACUGCAAACAAAAAUGGUACUGCCAUUACAACCAGAACUCCAAUUGCUGCUGCUUCUGCUACCAGGGCUAUCAUCACUACUAUACUCAAUUACUAUAAUCACACUAACACAAAUAACACACCUGCCAAAAAAUCUCCUAUUAUGACCAGAUCUGUUAAAGCUACUAUUCUUACUGCCAAAGGUCCUAUCUCUUCCAAAACUUUUUAUACUAUGAACAAAACAAUUAAAACCACUAUUCCUAUUAUGAAAGGUACUACCCCAAAUGAAAUUCAUACUCCUACAACUACUAUUCCUUCGACAGCCGCCAGAGAUGUUAUAGCAAAUACAUCUCCUAUCAAAAAUACUACUGUAAGUACUAACCAUACCAAAACUACAGCACUUGCUAAAAAUGGUAGUGCGAUUACUACCCAAGCCAUUACUCGUAGUGCCACCACCAAAGAUCCUAUCGUAAAUAUUACCCUUAGUAGAACUUCUAAUCCUUUUACUACUACCAAAGCUGUUACAACAAGUAAUGUCACAACCAAAGAUACUAUAAGAAAAGGUCCCCAUGGUACAGCUCCAAAUCCUUCUACUACUAUCAAACUUGUUACAACUAGUAAGGCCACCACCAAAGUCACUACAAGAAAAGGUACCCAUAGUACAGCUUUUAAACCUUUUACUACUACCAAAGCUGUUACAGCAAGUAAUGUCACAACCAAAGAUACUACAAGAAGAAGUCCCCAUAGUACAGCUGCAAAUCCUUCUACUACUACCAAACUUGUUACAGCUAGUAAUGUCACAACCAAAGACACUACAAGAAAAGGUGCCCUUAGUACAGCUUCUAAUCCUUCUACUACUAUCAAAGCUGUUACAACAAGUAAUGUCACAACCAAAGAUUCUACAAGAAAAGGUCCCCAUAGUACAGCUCCAAAUCCUUCUACUACUACCAAACUUGUUACAACUAGUAAUGUCACAACCAAAGAUACUACAAGAAAAGGUCCCCAUAGUACAGCUCCAAAUCCUUCUACUACUACCAAACUUGUUACAACUAGUAAUGUCACCACCAAAGAUACUACAAGAAAAGGUCCCCAUAGUACAGCUUAAAAUCUUUCUACUACUACCAAACCUAUUACAACAAGUAAUGCCACCACCAAAGAUACUACAAGAAAAGGUACCCAUAAUACACCUUUUAAUCCUUUUACUACUAAAAAAACUGUUACAACAAGUAAUGUGACAACCAAAGAUACUACAAGAAAAGGUCCCCAUAGUACAGCUCCAAAUCCUUCUACUACUACCAAACUUGUUACAACUAGUAAUGUCACCACCAAAGAUACUACAAGAAAAGGUCCCCAUAGUACAGCUUAAAAUCUUUCUACUACUACCAAACCUAUUACAACAAGUAAUGCCACCACCAAAGACACUACAAGAAAAGGUACCCAUAGUACAGCUUCAAAUCCUUCUACUACUACCAAACCUAUUACAACAAGUAAUGCCACCACCAAAGAUACUACAAGAAAAGGUACCCAUAUUACAGCUUUUAAACCUUUUACUACUACCAAAGCUGUUACAACAAGUAAUGUCACAACCAAAGAUACUACAAGAAAAGGUCCCCAUAGUACAGCUGCAAAUCCUUCUACUACUACCAAACUUGUUACAGCUAGUAAUGUCACAACCAAAGACACUACAAGAAAAGGUGCCCUUAGUACAGCUUCUAAUCCUUCUACUACUAUCAAAGCUGUUACAACAAGUAAUGUCACAACCAAAGAUACUACAAGAAAAGGUCCCCAUAGUACAGCUCCAAAUCCUUCUACUACUACCAAACUUGUUACAACUAGUAAUGUCACAACCAAAGACACUACAAGAAAAGGUGCCCUUAGUACAGCUUCAAAUCCUUCUACUACUACCAAAGCUGUUACAACAAGUAAUGUCACAACCAAAGAUUCUACAAGAAAAGGUCCCGAUAGUACAGCUCCAAAUCCUUCUACUACUACCAAACUUGAUUACAACUAGUAAUGUCACAACCAAAGAAACUAUAAGAAAAGGUGCCAUAGUACAGCUUCUUAUCAUUCUACUACUACCAAACUUGAUUACAACAAGUAAUGUCACAACCAAAGAUACUACAAGAAAAGGUACCCAUAGUACAUUUUCUUGUCCUUCUAUUACUACCAAACCUUUUACAACAAAUAAUGCCACCACCAAAGAUACUACAAGAAAAGGUCCCCAUAGUACAGCUGCAAAUCCUUCUACUACUACCAAACUUGUUACAGCUAGUAAUGUCACAACCAAAGACACUACAAGAAAAGGUGCCCUUAGUACAGCUUCUAAUCCUUCUACUACUAUCAAAGCUGUUACAACAAGUAAUGUCACAACCAAAGAUACUACAAGAAAAGGUCCCCAUAGUACAGCUCCAAAUCCUUCUACUACUACCAAACUUGUUACAACUAGUAAUGUCACAACCAAAGACACUACAAGAAAAGGUGCCCUUAGUACAGCUUCAAAUCCUUCUACUACUACCAAAGCUGUUACAACAAGUAAU